UCCAAGACUACUUCAUGCAUGUGCUAAUUAUUCUUGCAGCAAGCCCUAUCAACAAUUUGGACAAUCUAAUAACCGACGCACUCGGGAUUUUCGCCACCCCAUUGCAAUACGGGUCGGGCCACAUCCAGCCGUCGAAAGCUGCUGAUCCAGGCCUCGUGUACGACGCUUCUUACUCGGAUUAUCUUCUCUUCCUAUGCAGCAGCACUGGCAAUUUCUUGGACCCAACUUUCAACUGUCCGAUAAUUCCACCCUCGGCCAGUAAUUUAAACUACCCAUCACUUGCAAUAACUAACCUGAUCGGAGCUGUGACGGUGGAGAGAACCGUUACGAACGUAGGAGCCGGGAACACCACAUACACGGUGUCGACUUCUGUUCCACGGGGUUACACAUUCACAAUCUCACCGUCGAUUUUGCAUUUCAGUGCAACAGGGGAGAAGCAGAGCUUCACAAUUACGGUUGCGGCUGCGGCAACUGCUUCCGGUAAUGCUUUUGGUUGGUACGUGUGGUUUGACGGGACUCAUGUUGUAACAAGCCCCGUUGUAAUAAACACCGUGUUCUAAAUUCUAAUCAAUCACCUCUUCUUUUUUUCAU